UUUUCAGCACAUGCGAGUUUUCUUAACGAAUGUAAAUACAUUGAACUGACUUAAGAUCUCCUGAUAGAACGAUGUCUCGACUGGCCAAGAAAGCGCCGUCUCUGUGUUCGGACUCACCUCUCGACAAAGCUGAAGUGCAGACCAAGCUUCGUCAUCUGUCGCAGCUUCUCAGAUCCUGCGUCGGUCCGUCUGGGCGACUGAAACAGGUCCACAACAACAUCGGCGGGCAAGUGACGACCACUUCAACGUCGUGUGUUCUUCUUGCCGCCAUUUCUUCCUCACACCCCUUGCUUAAUCUCAUAAUCCAGUCCGUCCGUAGCCACGUUUCUCGGUUCUGCGACUGCGGUUUGCAGGCUGGGAUCCUGUGCAUCUCUUUAAUAGAGGCGUCAGAACGGGGUGCUCUGAGAGGAAGCGUCGCCAUCCGCGUGUACAAGCACCUGCUGAGUCUGUGCGAUGCUUACCUGCACCAGGACAAGUGCGGGUGUGUGGUGCAGCUGGACUUCAGCAGCAGCCAGAACUUCAUCACGCUGGCUCGCAGCGUUGUGUCCAGCAAACCUGCGUGUGUCCUGACAGGUGCAGAGCAACUUCACAUCAGCACGUUGUUGGUGAAGUCCUUCUUGUUGACUGUACCCUGCAGCAGCCCCGGGAGCGCAGCCCUCGGCCGAACCAUAACAAUGCCAAUGGAAGGUCUCCCAGUGUUGGACUCUGCUGUGUUUCCAGGCGUCCUGCUGGACCUGCCUGAAUUCAUCACUGAGUUUCACACCUCUGGUCCUCUGCGCGUGGCGUUGUUCGCCAUCUCUCUGGCUGGAGACCUUCCUGGAAUCGGUGACGGGACAGUAGAGGUGCACCAGGGUGUGGACACUGACUCGCAGGUGGUGGACGAGCUCAUGAAGAUCGCUGAGCAGGUUGUUCAGGAUGAGGUGAAGCUCCUUGUGUGCCAGAAGGUCGUCCAUCCGGUGCUGCAGCAUUACCUGAGGAGCCACGGCGUCGUGGUGGUGGAAAGAGUCGGCAUCCGAUUCAUGGAGCCGCUCGCCGAGCUGACAGGAGCCCGACCUGUCGGGACUUUACACACCGCCAUCCCAUCCAAGGCCUAUGGAGAAGUUAAAAAUGUGCAGCUCAGACCGUUUGGAUCCAAGAACCUGUUGCAUUUACACCCUGCUGAGCAGUCGGUGACCUGCACUAUGGUACUCUGCCACAGGAACGAGACGAUGUUGAAUGAGCUGAAGGUGGCGUGCCAGAAAGCAGAGCACGUGCUGAGACUCACUCUGAGGGAACCAAAGUCACUACUCGGAGGUGGAUGCACUGAGACCCAUUUGGCCGCCUACAUCAGACACCAGUGCGAGCACAACAACAGAGAAACCGCGUCAACGUUGGGGUGCACGCCAGGCGAGUACCUGCUGGGCGUGGAAGCUUUCUGCAGCUCUUUGGAAUGCGUCGCUCGAGCCCUUGAACACAGCCAUAGCAGUUCCAUCAUUGACCCGACUGGUGCUCACCACUGGACUCUGCAAGCUGACGUGACACCAGAACAGAUGCAGAGUCACGUUUGCGGCUGUGGGCUGAGGAACAACUACAAGAGGAGUUGUUCGAUGACGGAGGGUCCAGGGUUUUCACCUGAGCUGCCGGAGGAAACCGCGUUGCGAUGCAGAGUUCUGGACUCUUUCACAGCGAAGAAGAAUGCGCUGCAAGUUGCUGUAGAAACUGCAAAUAUUGUUCUGGAUGUGAAUUUUAUCAUUCAAGAUAAGAACUGAGCACUACUGUUCCUUUUCUGAGAAAAAGAAAAAAAAUCAAAAGAUAAACUGAGGUACUGUACAAUAACAUUUACAAUUAUUAUUAAAAAAAAAGACAAUUUAAAAGUUUAAAAAAGGACGGGUCUAGCUGAGGAUGCUGACUUUAUAAAGCAUUUGUAUUUAUUCUACUUAUUUAUCGUACUGUAGUUAUUAUAGUCAAUGCAUCUUUCUUCACAGUGCUCUUCCACUUUAAAGUAUAUCAUGUCAGAACACUCAUUCUUGGUGAUACAAUUCUUAAGUUAAAGGAAAAUAAAACACAAUAACCAGCACUCAAUAAUUCCCAUUUGGUUAGGAUGAUUUUAUCUUUUGGGGUCCUGAUGGAUGGGGAACAGAAUAGCUCUUAAACAGCCUAACGAAUUUCAGUGAAAGUUUCAGGGCUGGUUGGAAUUUAGAAGUGGUUCGAUUAGAUUUAGGUGGAGUUCUGUAUGUUCAUUUGGACUUACCAAGGUAAAGAUCCCUCCAUCGAAUUCCAAAGAGACGAAAGCCAUAUCCAGUCACAUGACUGGCUCCGAUUAAAACAGUCAGCAAGCGGAUAUUCAGACUGUCACUGGGUUUCUCCUUCAUCCUAUGCAGACUUUUCUUGAGCCAACAAUGCAACUGUUACAGGAGCUACGAAGCACUCACGCCACCUGCUGUCCACUUGAGCUCAUUGCUUUUAGAAUACGUCACAUGAAAUGAAUUUCUGAAUUUAUUAAAAACAAAAACAGUAUUAAUUGAAACGGGAGGUUGAUUCUUUUUUGCCUGAGCCACAUGAACUGACUUUUCUUGAGUGGCAGUUCUGCUCCUUGACAUCAAUAGUUCCGAUACUCGACAGAGCAGAGUGGACACCCAUGAGAAAACUCAUUUGGUCAGUUGUCAUGACUGAAAGCUUGAAUACAGAUGUGUCAAUGAAGAACUCAUCCACUGAAUGGAGUGAAUGGAUAAACCUCACAGUAAAAGAUUACGUAAAUCCAUUACGGUGUGUUAAGAACCACGUGAGGAAAGCAGAGCACCAAGAAGGGAUACGUGGCAAGAUUCCAACUUUUUACGUAUUUUUAUUGAAAUCAGUCCUCUACUUUUUGCAUAAACCUGCAGACAUAUAAACGAAACCAACAGACCCGGAUGAAAACAUGACCCAACUCUGAAAGAGGUAAUCAGAAAUGACACACCGAACGUUGAGAAUACAGCAACCAAACUGUUCCGCAUGAUUCCAGGAAAAGAGAGAAAAGAACAAAGCAGACGUGUUUUCAGUAAAUUUUACUCUUUUUGUAACAUGAAUUCUUCGCUUCAUCAGAAGAGCCUUUUGGGAUGCUUUAUCAGUGGAACCUGAGAUAAAGAAACUCCAAAGGGAGCAGUUUAGAUUUCAUAUAUGUUCCUAUCCUCUAUGCAAGAACAACAAAAAUACAGAGAUACUUCUAAAAUAAAAUAAAAAAAUGAAAAAGAAGACAGUGUUGAGGUUCAGGCU